AUGACGAAUUUCGAAUCGCAUUCCAAUCGUCAGCAGAAACUUCGAAAAUGGAUUCGUGAUCUUAACUUUUUCCCAUCAAUUCCGCCGACAACAGAUCCUUAUCAGCUCAAAACUCAACGCAUAUCAACACGCUUAUUCAUCGUCACGUUCAUCUCAUCUUUAGUCAUUCUUCUUUUAUACACAUCAUUAGCCACUGUUACUGAAGUUGCCACCGUUCCAACACCAACUCUUGAUCAAUAUAACGAUCUAUACGAUAAAUAUUCUGAAACUCUCAGUUGUCCCUGUUCACAAAUAUCCAUUCCGAACAAACAAUUGAUGACGAUCAAUUAUACUCUACACCAAGUUUGCUCUAGCAGUUUUAUUUCGAACGACUGGAUCGAUCAGUAUGAACAAUUCUCGUUAAAUUCACAAUACUUCUUUUUCGACUUUCGAUAUAUGAUCACUUUUACCUUUGAAAGUUUGGCAACUCUCUGCAAGUUGAUCAGGCAAACAAUUUCCAGCGGUCUCACUCGGUUUUACACCGGUCAAUAUGUCACUACAGAUGUGACAUCAAUGAAGGUGUUUGAAACGCAAAUGACAGUUCUCUUUGAUCAAUUCAAGUCAUCUUUGGUUGCUCGCUUUCUAUCAUCCUUACAUAUUAUUCGAAAUAUUACGCAAGCCAAUUUUCUAGUCACAACACUACCUCUGAAUGGCUAUCUCGUCGCGUCGUAUAGUGAUAUGGGCUAUGCAACAUAUACGAUGCAUAUUGGCGCUUGUGCAUGUGCAGAGCAGGCAACGUGCACUAUACCAGCAGCUAUCGUUGGAACCUAUGCUCAACCACUGUAUUUCAUUGAUGGUGUAUCCAUUGGAUGCUACAUGCUUGAGGGAUUGCUGCAGUCAAGUUUUAAAUGUUUCUAUGAUCAAGCAUGUGUUCAACAAGUCUUUACAUAUUUCAAUCCGGAUUAUCCUAUCAACAUCACACUACUGAACGCAUCUGCCGUAAGUCGAUUCCCAAUUAACACUACUAUCGGCGAACUGCUGAAUGAAUUCAUGGUAGAACGAUGGACUGUGUUGCCAGAGUUCGCCAACUAUUUCAAUGAAUGCCGACCAGAGAAGUGCACCUAUAUAGAGAAAACGAAGCACAAUCUAAUUUAUAUUAUAACUACAGUGAUCGGUUUAGUCGGCGGGUUAGCGACAGCGUUGAAGUUGAUUAUUCCGGUUGCGGUGAAAUUAGUUCGACGGAAGAAAACACAAAAAAAUGCAAGGAAAGACCACACGAGGGAAGCCAUACGAGUUUUGUUCAAAAAAUAUGCACGAAAAUCUCUUCAUUUUAUUUGGCACCUCAACUUUUUCCCAUCAAUUCCGCCGACAACAGAUCCUUAUCAGCUCAAAACUCAACGCAUAUCAACACGCUUAUUCAUCGUCACGUUCAUCUCAUCUUUAGUCGUUCUUCUUUUAUACACAUCAUUAGCCACUGUUACUGAAGUUGCCACUGUUCCAACGCCAACUCUUGAUCAAUAUAACGAUCUAUACGAUAAAUAUUCUGAAACUCUCAGUUGUCCAUGCUCGCAAAUCUCAGUUUCGAACGAACGGUUGAUGAAUGUGAGUUAUACCAUACAUCAAAUUUGCUCAAGUAGUUUUGUUUCGCCUUUAUGGAUUGAGUAUCUCCAUGAAGUAUCUGCACAGUCCAAUUGGGACACUCAGUACAUAUCUACAUUUACUUUUCAAACUUUAGCAUCGUUAUGUGAACUUGCCAGCGCGACGAUUGCGAACAGCAUCGUCGAGUUCUAUAACAAUCAAUAUGUGGCUGCUGAAGUAGGAACAUUCAAACAGUUUCAAGCGCAGACAGCAAAUCUAUUUGACGAAUUUCGAUUGUCAACGAUUGCUGACUUUUUGACGUCAUUGCGAGUCAUCCAAGAUACUACUCAGAGUAACUUCUGGCUCUCAUUGUUUCAAUCCAAUGCCCGUCUACCUUUUCUUAAUGGCACCUCCGAUAUCAUUUUAAUUCCGACUGGAUACGGUGGUUGCUCAUGUAUUCAGCAAUCAUCGUGUUCUGCGCCGGCUCCCGUCAUUUCAUAUACUGAUGGCUCGAUCAUAUAUGUGGCUCCAGGUAUAUAUGCUGGAUGCUACAUGCUAGAAGCUCUGCUACAAUCGAAUUUCCAAUGUUUCUAUGAUCAAGCAUGUAUUCGGGAGUUCUUAACCUAUUUGUACUCGGACUACCCUAUCAACAUCACACUACUGAACGCAUCUGCUGUUAGCCGAUUCCCAAUUAACAGUACUGUUGGUCAAUUGUUGGAUGAACUCAUGGUAGAACAAUGGAUUAUGCUACCAGAGUUUGCCAACUAUUUCAAUGAAUGCCGACCAGAGAAGUGCACCUAUAUAGAGAAAACCAGGCACGCUCCUAUUUACAUUAUAACUACAGUGAUCAGUUUAGUCGGUGGGUUAGUGACAGCGUUGAAGCUGAUUGUUCCAUUUGUGGUGAAAUUAGUUCGCAGAAGAAAAACACAAACAAGUACAGAAAGAGGAACCAGUGGGUGUUCGAUUCGAGUUUUAUAUAGUGAUUACAUGCCGAAGCUUCUAUGGUUUAUUUGGCACCUCAACGUUUUCCCAUCAAUUCCGCCGACAACAGAUCCUUAUCAGCUCAAAACUCAACGCAUAUCAACACGCUUAUUCAUCGUCACGUUCAUCUCAUCUUUAGUCAUUCUUCUUUUAUACACAUCAUUAGCCACUGUUACUGAAGUUGCCACCGUUCCAACACCAACUCUUGAUCAAUAUAACGAUCUAUACGAUAAAUAUUCUGGAACUCUCAGUUGUCCCUGUUCACAAAUAUCCAUUCCGAACAAACAAUUGAUGACGAUCAAUUAUACUCUACACCAAGUUUGCUCUAGUAGUUUUGUCUUCAAUCAAUGGAUAGACUAUCUUCUUUAUUCACGUGAGGAUGAUUUCUUAUAUCGUCUCGAUUUUCGAGUGAUCGGCACACACAUAUUUCAAACCUUAGCAUCCCUCUGUGAACUAGUAAACGAAACGAUAGUGAAUAGCGUGACUGAAUUCUAUAAUAACAAAUACGCGACGAUGGAGGUGGCAUCCUUCGACGUCUUUCAGAAACAAACAGAUACUCUGUUUGAUCAGUUCCGAUUAUCAACGAUUGCUGACUUUCUCUCAUCAUUACGCAUCGUUAGAGACACUUCGCAAAUCAAUGGUUUGCUGUCAGCACUGGAAACGAACGGAGUACUUCAACUUCCUGCCGAUGGACAGAUGGUCACUGUGGAGUUUGUCAGUUACAAUGGUUGCCGUUGCGUCAACAGUCCUGAGUGUGUCGAACCAGUAUCGAUAAAUAAUGGAAUUACCGCUGAUCCUAUAUUCGUAGUUCCUGGCAUGUUCAGAGGUUGUCAGAUUAUCGAAGCUUUACUACAAUCAAAUCUCGCCUGUUUCUACGAUGAAUUUUGUUUGAAAGAACUUAUGCUACACAUAAAUUCAAGUUUAUCAGUGAAUGUGACAAGAAUGAAUGCGUCUGCCGUCAGUCGAUUCGCGGUCAAUAAUACGGUUGGUGAAUUGUUAGAUGAACUAUUAGCAGAAGACUGGACUAUGGUACCGGAAUUCGCUAACUAUUUCAAUGAAUGUCGACCAGUAGAAUGUACUUAUUCACAUGAAACAAGAAAUGAUUUUAUCUACAUAGUAACGGCGCUGAUUGGCACGAUAGGUGGCUUGAUAACGGCCUUAAAGUUAAUUAUUCCAACGCUAGUUCAUCUUAUACGGUAUAUCUAUAAAAAAAGAACUCAAAUCAAUCCUCAAAGUGUCUCAGUUGCAAACAAAGGACAGAAUCAUUUGCAAGAUAUCGAAGUAGCGGAUGUAUUUUAUUAG